AUGCUGCUCACUCUGAAACCUUCCGUUCAAAAUAGGAUCAAAGGUCCUCAUGAGUUCUCCAUCGUCCGCCAAUCUGUUCCAACCCCGCGGUCUUCCCCGCCUACUGUCCCAGACGCCUCUGCCGCUACGCCUCCAAAACCGGCUGCGGAUCAUUCCAUUACCUCUUCGCGCAGAGGAUUGCCUCCUCCAUCGUCAGUUAAUCUCCAACCGGACGUUGACCGCUCCACCAUGGCACCUAUGAGCCAAUUACCCCCCGCGCCGCCGGGAUGGAGCUCCCCGGAGGACUUACGCCAAUGGCUCCAGGCCAAAGCUGAGGAAGAUCGCAAAUGGCAAGAAGAGGAGAAGACACGCCAGGAGUCUCUCCGAUUAGAGCAGCGGAAGAUCGAACAGAGCAUGCUUCGUGAUUCGCUGCAGUCGGGAGUUCCGCCUCAGAUGAUUCCGCUCAUCUUCGCGGGAAUCAGUGGCGGCAGCCUUCCCCAGUCUGCUAUUGAAUUGAUACGGCAGUACGCGUUUCAGAAUCCUGGCACGCGCAGUAAUGCGCCUCCUCCCCCUUCACACCCUUCAGCUCCUCCUCUGCACCAGCAACAGCCAUCCGCACUCGACCUACCGCCGCCACCCUCACUCCCCCAGCGGCAUCCGCCUUUGGCAAUCCCCGCAGACAUUCGACGUGACUCACAAGUCCUACCACCAAAUCCGUACGCGAGCCUUCCACCACAGCAACAGCCGAUUCCUGGGCCUGUGCUGUCUCAGCCUCUCACUACUCAUAGACGUUCUCCCACCAAUCGGUCUUUCGGACGUCCUCCCUUGUCAAGCGGCCCUGGAACUGCCAGUGCCCCGCCUUUGUCUCGCAUCAACGGCGAGACACUUUUGCAGCAUGUCCCAGUCACACUAAGUAACGCACAGUAUGCACCUGGCUCGUCAGUUCCUCCGUCUCAGCCUGCGGGAGUCAAACAAGACCAUCCGCCACGGCAUUCUCCGCCGUCCUUAUACUUUCACCAUUGGGUCCCACCAGGCCAGCCGCCUCCAGCAAAGAACCAACAUGACUCCCCGGUGAUAUCCCUUGCUCAGUCGCAGCGCCGUUACGAGUACCAGAGUCCCCCAAGUCGAAAAAGAAAGUCUCAGAUACCCCAUCAGCCGGCUCCUCUUCCAUCCUCACGUCCCUCGGACGGCAUCUCCUCUUCCUUGCCGUCCUCCCGGCUUGGUUCUCCGAUCGCCAGCGCUGGUCACCCGCCAGAUUCUCGAGCCCAUUACCGGCAGCGCAGUGACGCAUCUAGCUCACUUGAUUCGCGAAUGCAAGAUCAUCGGGAAGCCAACCAAGGUACUGAUUCGCUAAAUCAGAAGCCCGGCGCAUCGAGCUCGAAUCAACGGCCGGGUGAUUUGAGCCCUACGAAGGAUUUACAUCGUGGAGAUAUACCAUCCGGCAGCGCAGGUGUUCCGUCCCACAUGUCUGACAGUGUCAUCAAUUCUAGCAAGGCUGAAGAUGCUGCUGGAACUUCUGCGCAGCCUUAA